CUACGAUGGUACAACACAACACGCACCGAGUGAAAUCUUUUCAAACGCGAACUCUCGAUCGCGUACUGGAAGAAACAUCCGACACUUGCCAUGCGUGUCGCGUAGAACAGGCGAAACCGGAAUUUGCAUGUUUGCAUUUACCUGUGCAAAGGCGAACGGCACGCAUCUUGGCACAUGCAUCGAUCGUUUCUAUUUCGGUAGUUGUUGUAAGAUCGACGAAGAGCCGGACGUUGGACCUCAGGACAACAGCAUCGACGAUGGACCGCCAGCAACAUCAAGGCCGUUCGUCACUACUCACAAUCCCAUCGAGAGCAAUGACAUACCCCCAUAUUUUCCAAGGCCAAAGCCUAACGACCAAAGCAAACCAUCUGGUACAUACACCACUGUGGCUACUACGAUCACUCAGGCAACACAAAGUACUAAAAGUACAUCGCAUACACAUGGAGGGAGUACAAAGAUUGUAACAAAGAAACCAACGAUACAGACCAUAGAAACGACGACACAAUCGAUUCGUCUAUCGACUUUUCAAACAGUUCAAAACGGCUCGUACGAAAAAUUUACUACUACAUCCGCACCCUCCAAGAAUUUCACUAAAAUCUCUACAGAAAGUACAAAGUAUUCGUCCAAUACGUCUACUACUUCAACAACUUCUAAACUAUCAGUCGGUACAACUCAAAAGCCAACAGUUCCGUUCAAAAUUUCGACUUUAUCCACCACGUCAAGACCAAUCGUAGGUACAUCGAAACCGAUUACAAAAAAACCUUUACACACUACGAUAUUACAUACAACUACUCAAACGAGUAUUCAACGACCGAUACAAACAACCACAUCGAAAAGUAUUAUUACAACGACGCAAAAGACUGUGCCUUCGACAAGAUUUCCACCAAGAAACACGACAUCGGUCAAGCCAGUGACUCAACAAUUUACGAAGAGACCACCUACUGUUAGCACGAAGAGACCCCUUGUCACGAGCACGAAAAGACCCACCUUGUCUACCAAAAAACCAACUUUACCCACAAAAAAACCGACGACUCAAAGUAAUUCUUCGAUUGGUUCUAGUCACGGAACAACAACGGUAGCGUCGACUUAUUUGACGUCUAAUAAGACAAAACCAACGUUCACAACGACUGAAGGCAAUCUUUUGUCUUCUACCGAAGAGACACUCGUAACUUUGGUGACGGAAACAGUGAGUUUUGUAACUCGAAAGCCGAUUACAAUCACUACUGAGAAACCUAUUUAUCAUAAAAUCACGACCAAACCUAAACCAACCACUUCUAGGCCAAUUGUAACGACUAUAAUCAGUACGAAGCCUACUAAGAUCAGUACAUUAACCACUGAUAAAUUAGAAACGUCUACCACGCAAAAGACAAUUUUCCAAACCUCUACAAGUAAUUCAACAUCGGAGAUUAUCAAGUUUAAGCCAACUGAGAGUUCAAUUGAAACUACGAUAAAACCUAUUAGAAUCACAACACCUACGACCAUAUCUGUCCCUAGCUUCAUUAGUUCCUCUUCCUCGACUGCGAGUAGUCAAACGUCCAAGGUACCAAUUGUCAACCAGACUCUCGAAGAAGUACCACAAACUACACCGUCAUCUGGUUUGGUCACGUGGUCUUCCCAUUCCGAUGAAACACCAACUAAAGCAACUGACGUUUUAUCCACAACCAAAAAACACGAUGAAAUAACGGAGAGCGAAUGGACACCCAUAACAACGCCGGAUGGUUGGGUAAUGAUCCAAUCACCACCAACGACCGUUGAAACGUCCUCGGAAAAUCUGGGAAGUUCGACGACUAAAUUAGAGUCCGUCUCGUCUACUGUAUCAUCUGAUGUACCUGUGAGAUCAACGACGGAAGUACCAACGACGACGGAGCAAGUUACAGAGACGUCAACGAUUCUGACGACAUUGUCAAGCAUCGCUACUAUAGCCGUUGAUACGGAAACUCCGAUAUCGAUAGAAACUCUAAAUAUGUCGGAUUACAAGCAAGUUUGCGGAAGGAGAAUAUUUCCCGAGUCGAGGAUCGUGGGUGGCAAUCGCAGUACCUUUGGCAAGUGGCCCUGGCAGAUCUCGUUACGUCAAUGGAAGACAUCUACCUAUUUGCACAAAUGUGGAGCAGCCUUGUUGAACGAGAAUUGGGCUAUUACCGCGGCACACUGUGUUGAAAAUGUAUCACCGGCGGAUUUAUUGUUGAGGAUCGGAGAAUACGAUCUAGCGAACGAGGAAGAACCAUAUGGAUUCCAAGAAAGGCGAGUACAGAUCAUAGCGAGUCAUCCACAAUUCGAUCCAAGAACUUUCGAAUAUGAUCUCGCUCUUUUGAGAUUCUACGAGCCACUUCCAACAUUCCAGCCAAACGUUUUGCCAAUUUGUCUCCCGGAUGACGAUGAAACUUACGUUGGUCGUACAGCUUAUGUUACUGGAUGGGGAAGACUUUAUGACGAGGGACCACUGCCGUCCAUCUUACAAGAGGUUGCAGUACCGGUUAUAAAUAACACGGUAUGCGAAGCUAUGUACAGAAAUGCUGGUUACAUCGAGCACAUACCACAUAUCUUCAUUUGUGCAGGAUGGAGAAAUGGUGGUUUUGAUUCCUGCGAAGGCGAUAGUGGCGGCCCAAUGGUGAUUCAAAGGGCACGAGACAAACGAUGGUUACUAGCGGGAAUUAUAAGUUGGGGAAUUGGUUGUGCCGUACCAAAUCAACCGGGUGUCUACACGCGUAUUUCCGAAUUUCGCGAAUGGAUCAAUCAAAUCUUACAAUUCUAAUCCGACUAAUUAAAAAGUACGGAUGCGUAAGUUCUAUGAAUCGUCAGCGCAAACUGGACGAAUUCUGCGCUCCGAGGAGGACUAGAAAAAGAAGGACGAAGGUUGAAUUCCGGAAUAAGAAUUCGUAGCUUUGAUUUCGAAUUUCCCGGGAAAGUGAAAAUGAUGAGGAAACGUUCAUAGAUGCCACCUGACGUCAAUGUUGAGAAAUCGCGAAAAGAACGUUGGAUAACUGAACUAUCUGUUUUAUCAACAGUAAUAGUAAUGCACAACGAAGUUACGAUUUGUACGAUAUGUGGCGUCUUUCGAUCAGAAGUGCAUCUCGACGUCAUUUUCCUCGAAAUCGCGUCUUAUUCGAAUAUCGAUCGAAGAGUGACUGAAGAAUUUUUUCUUUCUUUUUUUUCUUUUCAAUCUCAAAAGAUCGGCGUGCAAUGUAGAUGCAUGGAAAUUUGAGAUUUUCUUUUAAAACUCGUUAUUUUCCUUUGAUCGGAAAAAGAAAGAAAAUUGAAAAGAGUG